AUGCGUACUGCGUCAAGAGCACCCAUGGCUGAGCUAGGAGUUCCUCAAAGGAUGAUGGCCAUGGCCGCCGUCGAGCCUGCAGAGUACUGGAGCCGUGUAAGGGCCCUUUAUGCAUCUUCUUGCGCCGUGAUCCUUGGCAACGUACUGGAGUGGUACGACUGGACGGUCUUCGGCUAUAUGCAGGACAUCAUGAAGCACGUAUUUGGCUCCGGCAGUGGAGAGCAGGCUUGGCUACUCUUCGCAGUACCCUUCCUGGCUCGGCCCUUGGGCAGUGUGCUCUUCGGAUGGAUCGGAGACGCCUGCGGCCGCGCCGUCUCUUUGAAGCUGGCGAUUUGGGGCAUGGCGAUUUGCACCGUCCUGCAAGGCUGCCUGGUGCCCGACAGCCCAGGUGUCACCGCGCAGCUGGCAGUGUUAAGGAUCUUCACGGGGCUCUCGGCAGGCGGCGAGUCGGCCGGAGUGAACACCUACAUGUCGGAGAUCGGCGACGAGGGCCGGGAGCACACGUUGGGGGCUGCCAUCGGCGUGAACAACCUGAGUGGUUCUUUGGCCUUCCUCCUGGCGAACUUGGUCUCGCUCUUGGUGCAUCUCUUGCCUUGGGAGGACCAAGUGGCUUGGGGUUGGCGGGUGCCGUUCCUCCUGGCUGCACCGCUGGGGGUGGCAUCGAUCCUCUUAAGGAGGCAUGUGCCAGAGACCGAGGCUUUUCGCAGGAGGCGCGACGCCGAGAAGUCGGAGACCUCGUCGGACGCCGUGGAGAUCUCGUCGUCCGAGUCGGAGCAGCCGUCGUCCGACGAGCCCAAGAGGGUCCCCGCGAGGUGGGGACCCUGGACUUCUCACUUCUAUCUACUUCCGCUGGUGGUCCUGGUCCUCUCAGCAGUCAAUAGCUGCAACUACUUGCCGAUUUACUUGGUCUCCUGGCUUGAAGAGGAAGCGCAGUUGACGCCUCCUCAGGCGCUGAGCAUCUCAGCCUUAGCCAAGGUGGUGCAGAUGCUGAUGACCUUCCCAGCAUCCUUUGCCACCGAUCUCUUCGGCACCACCAAGGUCAUGUUGCUGGGUGGCUCGUCUGUGGCUGUGGCGGCAGUCCCGCUGCUUUGGUUGACGAUGGCCUCCAGCACUGUAGGGCUUUGGCCAGCCUUUCUGAUUCUUGGAGUCUUCUUACCAGUGCUGAUCUCCAUCUACCUGGUCCCUUCGAACCUCUUCAUGACCGCUGUCUUCCCAACUCUUCUGCGCGCCAGAGCCUGCGGGAUCUGCCUGGGACUGGCCUCGAUUACUGGUGGGUUGACGCCCAUGAUCGCCUCUCAACUCGCCCAAGAAGGACGGCUAUGGCCAGGUGCAUUCAUCUAUUUCCUCACGCUGCCCUCCCUAGCAGUCUUGCUUUGGAGCCGCCAGAAGGGCCGUUUGGCUGUCUAUCAAAGGCCAUGGCUCUUCUGA